AUGUUGAAAAAACUUACUUUCAAACCUCCAACUCGCUCUUUCAUAGCCUGUUGUAUAGAGUUUCGAGAAAGACAGGAGUUCUGUAGAACAAACAUUAUACCACUACUAUUAAAAAAAUCCUCAAUUUCUAAAAAAAUAGUAGUAAGUACCUCCAAUUCAGGAAUAGGAAAAACUCCAUAUUCAAAGAAGGAACUUAAAAAUCUAAUUCGGGAAAUUACCCAUAUAAUUAGAACCUCCCCUCGUAAAAGAAGACCAAGUAUAAAAGAGUGGAUAAGUGAGGUUAAGAACCUCAUAAAAGCUAGGGAAGAUGCAGCCACUGAAAGACUUAAUGAUCUUGAGAACAAGCUUCUAGAUGCUAAGGUGGAUUAUUCCAAUUCCAUUAUUAUGAAUGAGUCAAUGUUAGAUCAGGUAGUGAAUAAGAUGAAUUCUCUAAUACAAAGGCUUGACGGAUUAAAUUUCCGUGAAGAUUCUAUAUUGGAUAACACUAAUUCCUUGGAUUUAAAGAAGAUUGAGAUUCUUUCUCAGGUGAGUGAGUAUCUCAGGGAAUUACUUGCUUUAUCUAACAAAGUUGAAGAAGUAUCUAAUUCAAUAAGAAACUCUAAAAGCCUGAAAAGCUCCAAAAUAUAUACAUUAUUGUUAAAAUUAAAGGAUUGUCUUCAAUCAGUAAGAUUGAUUGAGAAUGAGAAAAAAAUGAGAUUAAAUAUUAAGAAUUCAAUAUAUAAUGAAAUUUCCAGAAUUUUAGACAAUAUUUUAGAUAUUUUAAUAAACCAGAUUACUUCAUUUUUGAAAGAGUAUUGCGACUGGGGGCAAUUUGACAAAAUUGUCCAACAAGUCUUAAGCAGAAAAUCAUCAAAUUUUGCUUUGAUUGAUCCUUUAGAUCUUUCUAAACUUGAAAAGAACGAGAAAAUUUCUCACUCUAUUGGGAUUUUGUUAGUGUUAUCCUCAAUUUGUAUUGAAUUAGGAUAUGAGUGUAAAGAAAUACAAGAUUCAGCAGAUCUAGAGACCAGUAAUGGCUAUAGGAAACCAAGGAUAAAUAUUUGCGAAGAAAUAAUAUCCAGGCUAGGUACUGAUAUAGCAAUCAAACUCAAACCCUUAUUUUUUUCAAGAAAUAGUUCUCUAUCAAGUUUAGAAAAGCCAGAGUGGCUUCUUGAAACAUAUUUUUCGAUAUUCAAAUCUCACUAUAGAUAUUUAAAAAACUUAUGGAAUGAUUUAAAUACAAGGUUUAUGAAAAUAAAAAACGAGGAAAAGAAUGAUAUGGAAACACAUUUAAGUAAAUACAUUCCACUUUAUAUAGAAAAAGAAAAGUAUAUUAGUGUGAUUAGUGAAAUUCUUUCAGUUGAUCCCAAGAAAAUUCUUAGUAUUACUCUGAUCUCCAAUCUUCAGAACGCACUAAGAAUUUUUCUUAGAAGAGUUUUAUGUAAAGAUGGUGUGGCUGUAAGGGAUAACAAAGCAGACUGUAUAUUUGAGAAGCUGGUAGAACAAUUAUUAUUAUUUUAUAGACAAUGGAAGGAGUUAGAUGAGGAAACUUCAAUAUUUAUUCUAUUCGACUUAUUAACAAAUUUAAAUAUUAAUAAGUUGCUUAUAUCAAAGAAAAGCUCGAUUGAUGGGUUAUUUGAGGAAGAUAAUAGCAUUCUUCAGAUGGAAGAUCUUUCUAAAACUGCUGUUAGUUGGGCAAAAUCUGCCUUCACCUUGGUUAUGGGAAGCCCUGAUCCUAAAUACCUUGAAAUAUUCAAUAAUCCUUCAACCUUUCCUUCUGAGUGUGGAAUACUAGACUGGUAUUGCAUUCUUAAUCGUAUAUACAUAGCAGGCCAGAGUCUAGGUUACUUAACUGAAUCUCUAAUUUCCAGCUAUAUCGAUAAAUUUAAUAUGAAGAGAACUAUUCAUGAUUUGUAUUUGUCCAUUUGCUCCCAUAGUGGCUCUUCCGAUCAGAAUAUAAUUUUGAAGUGGUUAUCAGAUACCGUAGUUUACAUUUCAGAUGAUUCUUUAUCAAAAAAUGGCCAGAAAUUGAUAAUGCCCAUAAAAUCUUCCUCAAAUGAGAAUCAGAAAAUUGGCCGUCUUAUUUUAGUUUUGGGUUACUCAAUAGAAACAAUUGAACUAUUGAAUGCAUUUUCAGGCAAAAUUUCGUUACUUGUGGAUUCUUGUAAAUCUUUCGAAAAAUGCCAAUACUAUACAAAAAAAGAUCAAUAUAGGAUCCUAAAUUUAAUUCUGGCCAAGUUCCACGAAAUUAGGAUUGAAUUAGAUUCUUAUCCACCAAAGAUCUUCUGUGAAACGUUUUCUACUCCUAUUAUAGAACAAAGCAUUGUUGGGGAGUUCAUUAAUUACAUAAGAGGCGAAUGGAAUAGAGUUGGCCAUAAAAUAGGCCCUAUGAUUCCAAUGGUUUCAAUAUUAUUAGAAUCAGUUGAUAUUGUUUACUUUACUGUACUUAAUUUGGACAAGGAUAAUAAUGCUAAUAGUUGGCUUGAUUCAAAGCCUAAAAGAGAUGAAAGCUUUCAAGAAUCAUUACAGAAUCUAGAAGAAAAACCUAUGGAAAAGCUAGAGUAUAUUUCAAAAAUGUAUGAAGGCCCAUUAUUAAUGUUAAGAGAACUCAAGGAAGAAAUGAUUAAUGAAAUAAAACUGGAGCUUACGGAAGUAAUCAUUAAACCUUUGAUUUAUAGUGAGAUAGUAAUACCUUCACUGGAAGAUUUAUUAAACUCAAACUCUUUUUCAGGUAACGCUAGACUACUUUUCGAUGAUAAUCUUGCAAAAAAAGUCAAUGAACUUAAGUACACAUUUGUACUUUUCAAUCUGUUCCUUUCGGAUUCGAACCUAAUUGAAAUCUCAAAAGCAUUAUCUGUUUAA